CACGCUGUGCUCCGGCCUCAGAGAACGCGGUGGAAGGUGAAAGGGCCUGCCGAGGUUCGAAGGCCCCGACCUGGAAGAAGCCGGGGAGGUUCAAGCCCGCGAGCGCUGUACUGAGGACCCCCUGCGGAAGUUCUCUCUCUCCCCCCUCGUCCUCUGGUCAGACGUUUCCCCCGGCGUGGCGGGAGAGAAAGUGGGCGAUGCACUGGGCCUCCUGUGGGAUUCUGUCGGGAAAGACUCCCCGCCCUCAAGCCCCGGGGCCCGGAGAGAUCCCGGCCAGAGCCUUCUUCAACCUGACGGCCCCCUUGGUCAACAAGAGGAAGGAAUAUUCGGAGCGGAGGAUCAUCGGGUAUUCCAUGCGGGAGAUGUACGACGUGGUGGCCGGGAUGGAGGACUACAGACACUUCGUUCCCUGGUGCAAAAAAUCGGACGUGAUCUCGAGGCGGGCCGGCUACUGCAAGACGCGCUUGGAGAUCGGCUUCCCUCCGGUGCUGGAGAGGUACACCUCCGUGGUGACCCUCGUCAAGCCGCACAUGGUCAAGGCGUCCUGCACCGACGGGAAGCUCUUCAACCACCUGGAGACCAUCUGGCGUUUCGGCCCCGGCCUGCCCGGCUACCCCAGGACCUGCACCCUAGAUUUCUCGAUAUCCUUCGAGUUCCGUUCCCUCCUGCACUCUCAGCUGGCCACGCUGUUCUUCGACGAAGUGGUGAAGCAGAUGGUGGCCGCCUUCGAGAGGCGGGCCUCCAAGCUCUACGGCCCGGAGACCGCCAUACCGCGGGAACUCAUGCUGCACGAGGUCCACCAGACCUAGGGCGGAGCCGCUGGCCGCCAAGGGGGCCGCCCGCCGGGGCCGCCCCGGGGCCGGGGGGCGGCGGGG